AUGUAUUCAAGAGAAGUUAUAAAUACUACAAGAAAUUUAAUUAUUCAACAUUUAGUGUUUGGAAAUUCACUACUUUGUAAGUUUAUAGGGCCAACAAACUCGAGAGGUACAAAACCAAAACAUACUCAUAUUAGAAACUCCUCUACAUCCACUCCCUCACCACCUUCACCACCAAGUAACAAUAAUAAUAAUGGAACAAAUUUAAAAACCUCGAUUGAUGCUACUUUUAUUAAAAAAAGCACAUUAUUUCAAAAUAGUCAAUCAUUAAAAGGAAAAGCUACCUCAUUUGAUUGGGAAAUAUUUGGUUUAGAAUCACAAGUUAUACAAAUGAAUUUAAAUCCAGGUUCAUCAAUAACAGCAGAAACAGGUGCAUUAUUAGAAAUGGAGUCAGAGAUUGAAAUGGAUACAUCAGCAAGAGGUGGAAUUCUAUCAAGUUUUAAAAGAAUGUUUACAGGCCAAGGUUUAUUUUUAACAAAAUUUGUAAAUAAAUCAGAAACUGAAAAAAUGAGAAUUACAUUUAGCUCACCAUAUAUUUCAAAAAUAUUAGCAAUUAAAUUAUCUGAUGUUGGAGGAGAAUUAAUUUGUCAAAAAAAUGCAUUUUUAUGUGGUGAAGAUACAGUUGAAAUUGAACCUAGACUAACCAAAAACUUUUCAACAGGUUUCUUUGGUGGGCAAGGUUUUAUAUUGCAAAAACUUAGGGGAAAUGGAAUGGUAUUUGUCCAUGCUGGUGGUUCGGUAAUAUAUAGAGUUUUAAGUCCUGGUGAAAAAAUUAGGGUAACUACUGGUAGUAUUGUAGCUUUUGAAUCAACAGUUGAUUUUCAAAUAGAGUUUGUUAAAGGUGUUAAAAAUAUUUUAUUCAGUGGCGAAGGUUUAACAUUCGCAGCAAUAACUGGACCAGGUAUGGUAGUAUUACAAUCAAUGCCAUUUGAAAGAUUAGUUAGGGCUAUUGCAGGUUCUGGAUUAAUAGGAGUCUCGACCAGUUCAUCACCAUCUUCCUCAUCAUCAUCAUCGCAAUCUUCCUCCACAAAUGAACAAAGAUAA